AAGUGUCCUCAUCAAAAUGCAGAAGGGAAUACGACUUAAUGAUGGUCAUGUCACCUACCUGGGGCUUUUGGCAAAGAAGGAUGGUACGAGGCGCGGGUGCUUGAGCAAAAGGAGCUCAGACAACACGAAAUGGCACACAAAGUGGUUCGCUUUGUUACAGAAUAUGCUCUUUUAUUUCGAGAACGAGUCCAGCUCUCGACCCUCGGGAUUAUACCUGUUGGAGGGAUGCAUAUGCGACAGGGCGCCUUCACCGAAACCUUCGCUGUCAGCCAAGGAGUGUUUGGAAAAGCAGUACUAUUUCACAGUCAGCUUCACCCAUGAAAACCAAAAGGCACUUGAGUUACGCACAGAAGAUGUAAAAGACUGCGAUGAAUGGGUGGCUGCAAUAUCACACGCCAGUUACAGAAACUUGGCCACCGAGCAUGAGACUCUCAUGCAGAAGUAUCUUCAUCUGCUUCAGAUUGUGGAGACGGAGAAAACAGUUGCUAAGCAACUUCGACAACAGAUAGAAGAUGGGGAAAUAGAGAUUGAAAGGCUUAAGUCAGAGAUCGCUGGACUGCUCAAAGACAAUGAGAAGAUCAGCGCCAGCCCCGCAGCCACCCCCUGCGAGGACGACUCAGAAAUCAAGAAGAUCAAGAAGGUCCAAAGCUUUCUGCGAGGCUGGAUUUGCAGGAGGAAGUGGAAGACCAUCAUCCAGGAUUAUAUCCGCUCGCCUCAUGCGGAGAGCAUGAGGAAAAGGAACCAGGUGGUGUUCAGCAUGUUGGACUCGGAGGCAGAGUACGUCCAGCAGCUUCAUAUUCUGGUGAACAACUUCCUGAGGCCACUACGCAUGGCAGCCAGCUCCAAGAAACCGCCCAUCACCCACGAUGAUGUCAGCAGCAUAUUCCUCAACAGCGAAACAAUCAUGUUCCUACAUCAGAUAUUCUACCAAGGCCUAAAAGCCAGAAUAGCGAGCUGGCCAACAUUAGUCCUCGCCGACCUCUUUGACAUCUUGCUCCCGAUGCUGAACAUCUACCAGGAGUUUGUGAGGAACCACCAGUACAGCCUGCAGAUCCUGGCUCACUGCAAGCAGAACCGAGACUUUGACAAACUGCUCAAGCAGUAUGAGGCCAAGCCUGACUGUGAGGAAAGGACUCUGGAGACCUUCCUCACCUACCCCAUGUUUCAGAUUCCCCGCUACAUCCUUACUCUCCAUGAACUUCUGGCCCACACACCCCAUGAACAUGUGGAGAGAAACAGUCUGGACUACGCCAAAUCGAAGCUGGAGGAGCUUUCCAGAAUAAUGCACGAUGAAGUGAGCGAGACCGAGAACAUCAGGAAGAACUUGGCGAUAGAGCGCAUGAUCGUAGAGGGCUGCGAGAUUCUCCUUGACACCAGUCAGACCUUUGUAAGACAAGGGUCUCUCAUCCAGGUGCCGAUGAGCGAGAAGGGCAAGAUCACCCGUGGGCGACUGGGCUCUCUGUCUCUGAAGAAGGAGGGGGAGAGGCAGUGCUUUCUCUUCUCCAAGCAUUUAAUCAUCUGCACCAGAGGUUCUGGGGGGAAGCUUCAUCUCACCAAGAAUGGAGUAGUGUCACUUAUAGACUGCACUCUUAUGGAGGACCCUGAGGGGACAGAUGACGAGUCCAAAUCAGACAAGAGCGGCCAGGACAUGGAGCACCUGGACUUCAAGAUUGUCGUGGAGCCAAAGGACAGCCAGUCAUUCACCGUCAUCCUGGUGGCCUCCUCAAGGCAGGAGAAGUCUGCAUGGACCAGUGACAUCAGCCAGUGCAUCGACAACAUCCGCUGCAAUGGCCUGAUGAUGAACGCCUUUGAAGACAACUCCAAAGUCACAGUACCGCAGAUGAUCAAGUCAGAUUCGAGCCUGUACUGCGACGAUGUGGACAUUCGCUUCAGUAAGAUGAUGAACUCCUGCAAGGUGCUGCAGAUCCGCUACGCCAGCGUCGAGCGCCUGCUGGAGAGACUGACCGAUCUCCGUUUCCUUUCAAUCGACUUCCUCAACACCUUCCUGCACUCCUAUCGCGUGUUCACCACCGCCGAUGUGGUGCUGGAUAAACUCAUCACCAUCUACAAGAAGCCCAUCAGUGCCAUCCCUGCUCGGUCCCUGGAGUUAUUCUUUGCCAGCAGCCAGAACAGCAAACUCCUAUAUGGAGAGCCUCCCAGCUCCCCCAGGGCGAGCAGAAAGUUCUCCUCCCCUCCUCCUCUCGCUAUUGCCAAGAACUCAUCCCCCAACCGCCGGCGCAAGCUGUCUCUCAACAUCCCCAUCAUCACUGGGGGCAAAGCUCUUGACCUGGCUGCCCUCAGCUGCUCCUCAAAUGGCUAUGCAAGCAUGUACUCCUCCAUGUCCCCAUUCAGCAAGACCACCUUGGACAUCAACAAACUGUACGUGUCCAGCCCGAUCACGAGCAAAAUCUCUGACGAGGGAGAGGACAAGAAGGACAAGGUGGAGGAUACCUCAGCGUGUAAACAAGAUCUCUCCGUACGAGAAGAAAGUGACAAUGAUCAAAACCAGAGUGAUGAUGGGGACCCAGAAGCGUCUCCCACCAAAUCUCCAACCACACCAAAAAACAUCAAAUGCAAAAACUCCUCAGAGUUUUCCCUGUUUUCCUACAACAAUGGCAUGGUGAUGUCCUCGUGUCGAGAGCUUGACAACAACCGCAGUGCCCUGUCUGCUGCCUCCGCCUUCGCUAUUGCUACAGCCGGAGCCAAUGAGGGCACCCCUACCAAGGAAAAAUACAGACGGAUGUCCCUCGCCAGUACAG